AUGGUUAGCGUGGUGGGCGGCCUCCUGUCACAGAGCGCCCUUCGGGCAGUGGGCGGCGAGGAGCGGCCGCAAGGGCCUGUCUCGCUCUUCGGAAAGGGGCAGGUGGGCGCCCACGCCAGCUGGAUGCAAGCCCGACUCUCAAAAGGCGUGGCCGCCCACUGGAGCAAGAGCGAGCCCGCCCCGACCCUCGUGGUGGGCGGCCCAGCCAUCUUGGGUCAGUCUGGCCUCUCAGACUCCCGGUCGCUUGGCCCGACUGGACCGUCCGACCCGAAAAGCCACCAUGCCUCCGCCCCACUUCUUGGGACCUGGGCUUGCGUAGGGACCUUCUUAGAGCCCCGCAGAAGGGCUAGAAAUGUCUUGACAGUAGACAGGAGCGCCACUCCGAAGCAAGUGCCUGUCGGGGUGCAUGUGCCCAGCAUAGGACCAGGUGCGUCAGCGCCGCCUUCGUGUUUGUCCCGCGUCCCCACAUCGACGUCGGCUCCGUGCUCUGCGGCGUCUGGUGCGCUGACCACGAGCGCCCCGACGUCUGCCUCGCCUGCGACGACGGCAGCACUGCCAGCUACAUGCAUGUGUAGUUCUCGGCUUGUUCACAACGCAUGCGAGGGCGCGAGCCCUCCUCCAGACGGGAACGGCCCAGCGGCCAAAGGAGCUACGAACGGCCCUGCUCACAUGACGGGUUCCACGAGGCCUGGCCGAGCGGUGGCGCGUGUGCCUGGAAUCACGGACGCGUCCGCGCCAAGCGGAUGUGUGACGCCUGGACCCAGGGGCACCAGAGGCAACAGGCGACGCCCCCGCAGACCGAAGGGCGCGAAGAGCACAGGGAGAUAUAAAUCCGGAGCAAAGGGCAGAUCCGAGAGUGGUAUGGUGCACAGACAUCCGACAGGAGCAGAGACUGGCCUCAGCGUUGCACCUGUGACAGGGGAAGUCAGUUCAAGCAGCCGAACUCUCAGGUUCACAGAUGGGGCGGCGGCAGCAGGUCACGUGUUCCUGCUCACGCCCGGGACCUGCCCGGAGACCGUCAUGGCCAGCGAUACGGGCGCACCAGUGAGGAGGAACUGCGCUAUUCAAAUACCUCCUACCAAACGUGAAUCGGAUGAAAUGAGUAACAUUAAUUAUCAAUUGUGUCGAGCACGUUCCGAGUGGCCUCUGACCCCGCUUUCAGACACCGAAGUCACUCGGGGGCGUUUAGCCUCCGUGGCCCGAACGUGCGAGAACGAGCAGCAGAUCCCGUCAUUCCCCAGGGACGGAGAGCCAAUUCCUGCGGAUCGAGUCAUCUGCCGUGAGGACGUGGCCGAGGCUGCGAGGGGGGCAAGCGCGGGCGGGCACGUGCUGGGCCUCACGGGCAGAGCGGGGCAGGCCAGCGUCGGCGCUUCGGUGGCGGCCUCUGGCAGCUGGAUGGCGGAGCUACCGCCUCGCCGAGCUCCCUCACCUCAGUGUCCCGCUCCCCUACGCGCUAGUCACCCUUGCCACGAUUCUGCGUGGACUGCAGCUUCCUGCCACGUCUCUGUCAUGAACUCUCUCGCGCCCGAGCACUCCCGAGUGACAGCCCAUGACACGCCGCCUGACGGCCACCCUCCGCCGCCCGAGCCGCCUCCAGCUGUAACGACAGGCGGCGCUGGGGAGGGCGAGAAGGCCGCGCCUCUCAAGGCAGAAAAUGCAGCCAAAGGACACUCACACUUCAUGCUAGGGACGACGUGUGGGCGCGGCCAAUGGGCGCCCGGGCUCAGGGAAGACAUCCGCGCUUUUGACAUCUACAAAAUCAGUGGGGGUGUGUGCGAGACCCACGUGCCCCCCCUCCCCGCCCUCCCCACCCAGUCCGACACUGACACCGACACCGACGAAGGCUCGCUCGGGCAGGUUCCGCGGGCCCUCAGGAAGCGGAAGAUUAAUGCCGAGAUGCGCGACGGAGUGGAGAGGAAAAGGUGCAGAGAAAGCGAGGACGAAGAGGACGAGGAAGACAAGCUCAGACUCGAAGGCUGCUGA